AUGACAGGUAUUUAUUCUUUUCCAAAACAACGUUAUUUUUGGUCUGGUGAUACACGUUUUGAGUCUAUAUCUUCGGUUAUGAGUAGAGAUCGAUUUCUUGGAAUCAAAAAAUAUUUACGCGUUACCGACAAUUCAGUUCAGAAAAUUUCAAAAGAAGAAAAAUUAAGCAUUGAUGAACAAAUUAUUCCAUUUAAAGGCAAAAUUGGUGGCAAAAGUGGUAUAUGCUAUGACUUUAUUUUCUAUACAGGUAAAAAUGAUAAAAAGAAGCAUGGAUUUUGUACAGAUAUUGUAUUGGAUCUUUGUGAAACUGUGCCACGUUUUAUCAAUCACAAAGUAUAUUUUGACAAUUAUUUUACAACUAUUCGUUUACAGGUAGAGUUGAGAAAGUUAGGCAUUUUUGCAGCUGGUACGGUAAGACCAAAUCGAUUAAUUGAUUUAAACAUCAAAAGUGAAAAAGAUUUACCAAAAGAAGGUAGGGGUACAAUGGAUCAUCGUGUCACAGAAGUUGAAGGGAUGCAAUUAUGUGUGACAUGAUGGUAUGAUAAUAAUGUUGUUAAUUGUCUUUCUACAUUGCACGGUUGUGAACCGAUUGAGUCAGCACAACGAUAGUCACCAAAACAAAAGAAACAUAUUCUCAUAGAACGACCGAAGAUCAUACAGGCGUGUAAUGCACAUAUGGAAAGAGUCGAUUUAAUCGACAUGUUAAUUUCUUUGUAUCAAAUAAAUGUUGGUUCGAAAAAGGAUUAUAUAAAAAUCAUCUUUCAUCUUAUUGAUUUGUCAGUUGUCAAUGCAUGGUCAUUGUACCGACGCCACUGUUGGC